UGUGUUGCUUACUGAGUCUUAUCAUUAUGCCUUAUCCAAUGAUUUAUGGUGGCAAAUUAAACACCAGACACCAAUUUAAGUCCAUAAACACAUCAAAAGUGAUUUUGUGAUAUUUAAGAGCGGUUUUAUUUAGAGGCGGCGCUUGUUGGCAACAGAGUAACGUCGUAACGACACUUUUUUUCAAUCCCAGUAAAAGAGUUUGAGCAGGAACAGAGUUGUGUAUAUGUAGCAGGGGGGUCCGGCUGCAUCUGGGGGGUGACUGCUGAUUUUCAGCACGUUUAUUUUAUUUCUUUCUAUUUUAUUUUCUCCUUAUUUUACCUACUUCGAGCAAUCCAUUGCACGCGCCGAUAUAUUUGGACGUACAUAUUUUAGUAUAGACCAUGAACAAACUCUAUGUGGGGAAUCUGAGUCCUUCGGUGACCGUGGAGGACCUGAAGCAGCUCUUCGGCGAGAGGAAGCUUCCCGUGACCGACCAGGUCCUGCUCAAAUCCGGCUAUGCCUUCGUGGACUUCCCCGACCAGAACUGGGCGAUUAAAGCCAUCGAGACUCUAUCUGGGAAAGUUGAAUUACAUGGGAAAGUGAUCGAGGUCGACUACUCUGUUCCUAAAAAACUAAGGAGUCGGAAGAUUCAGAUCCGGAACAUUCCUCCUCAUCUCCAGUGGGAGGUUUUGGACAGCCUAUUAGCACAGUAUGGUACUGUAGAAAAUGUGGAACAAGUUAACACUGAUACAGAAACAGCAGUGGUGAAUGUGACAUAUUCAACAAAAGAAGAGGCUAAAAUAGCUGUUGAGAAGUUAACAGGACAGACCUUUGAGGAUUACUCCUUUAAAGUGUCUUAUAUUUUGGAUAUGGAUGCUGCUCCGCCUCUGCCUGCGACCCGGAAUCUUCGGGGUGGAAGGACAUCACGGGAACAGGACUCCCAGCCUGGGACCUCUGCAGGCUCCCUGGGGCCCCGACAGAAACAGCCAGACUUCCCCUUGCGCAUGCUGGUGCCCACGCAGUUUGUGGGAGCCAUCAUUGGCAAGGAGGGGCUCACAAUCAAAAACAUCACCAAACAGACACAGUCUAAGGUGGACAUUCAUCGUAAGGAGAACGCGGGAGCGGCAGAGAAGCCGAUCACCAUCCACUCCACUCCUGAAGGCUGCUCCGCCGCGUGCCGCAUGAUCAUGGACAUCAUGCAGAAAGAGGCUGAUGACACGAAGGUAACUGAGGAUAUUCCUCUGAAGAUCCUGGCCCACAACAGUCUGGUCGGAAGACUGAUCGGGAAGGAGGGCAGGAACCUGAAGAAGAUUGAAGAGGAGACAGAAACCAAGAUUACCAUCUCCUCUUUACAGGACUUAACUAUUUAUAACCCAGAGAGAACCAUUAUAGUGAAGGGGAGUAUCGAGGCCUGUUGUAGGGCUGAAGUGGAGAUCAUGAGAAAGCUGAGGGAAGCCUAUGAGAAUGACAUUGCUGCUAUUAACCAACAAACCAACCUUAUCCCUGGGCUAAGCCUGAGCGCACUGGGCAUCUUUUCAACCGGUUUGUCAGUAUUGCCACCAGCUGCUGGGCCCAGAGGCGUCCCACCCAUACCCCCAACUGGCUACAACCCUUUUCUUGGUCACUCAUCACAGCUGGGUGGGCUGUACGGUGUCCCGCCUGCUAGUGCCAUCUCUCACCAGCACACACAGGCUCCUGAACAGGAGGUGGUCUACCUCUUUAUUCCAACUCAGGCUGUCGGUGCUAUUAUUGGCAAGAAGGGCCAACAUAUCAAACAACUGGCACGAUUCGCAGGAGCCUCUAUUAAGAUCGCACCUGCAGAGAGUCCUGAUGCCACUCAGAGGAUGGUCAUCAUCACUGGCCCACCAGAAGCUCAGUUUAAGGCCCAGGGCAGGAUAUUUGGGAAACUGAAAGAAGAGAAUUUCUUUUCUGCAAAAGAAGAAGUGAAGCUGGAGACACAUAUAAAAGUGCCCUCUUCAGCAGCUGGGAGGGUCAUCGGGAAAGGUGGCAAAACGGUUAACGAGCUGCAGAACCUAACCAGUGCAGAGGUCAUAGUGCCACGGGACCAAACCCCAGACGAGAACGACGAGGUCUUUGUCAAAAUUAGUGGGCAUUUUUUUGCCAGCCAGACUGCACAGAGGAAAAUCAGGGAGAUCAUUCAGCAGGUGAAACAACAGGAGCAGAAGCACCAGCAAGGCGCCCCCGUGACACACCGCUCCAAGUGACCAUCAGGGCAGCCCCAGCGGGCACCUGCCAAUGAAUGUAGCCCUCCCAACUGGAAUCAGACCAGACCAGACCGGACGAAGGGGACUGGCCGGGCAGACCAGCAGCCGUGGGAUCAAAACCAAAGAACUUCUUUCUGGGGGAGAUGAAGGAGCCACAGGCAGAAGGGCUCUGAGUGCACUGCCAGCUUGGGGAGGGAGGGGGGAAAGAAGUGCAAGAAGACAAGUGUUCCUUUUAUUGUUCAAAUACACCCUGAGCUUGAGAAGAAUAGGUAUGGGGCGUCUGUUAUCAGGAUGGGAAACAUCACGGUUGCCCCACGUAACAAUUUCUUAAUUUAGGCUUAAUCUAGGGUUAACACAGAUAAGAAGCUCCAUUAACACAUGUACACUGAUGCAUUUUGACUGAGUCGUGUUGCUGUUUUCUGGGGUAGGUAAAGUGUGGGUGUGCACUAGCAGUUGGCGACCGAUUAUUAUUAUUAUUUUUUUGUUAUUUUUUGAUGCUCAGAUUGCGAUUUCAAUGAUUCUCAGCCGUAUUCUCACCAGUACACUAGAACAAAUAUACUGUUAUAUCUAAAGCAGAAGCACGAUUCUUCUUGUUUUGCACAAGCCAUCAGGCGUGUAGUGCACAUCGCGUACGCAUAUAACAUUAUGUUUUUCAGAUUUCUUGAUGAUGGGACAAGAAAGUUGGGAAAUGUAAAUGACAGAACGUUUAUUCAUAUCUUAGCCUGUUUGCAUUUCGGGAAACAUCAUCCAACUCAACGGGUCCUUGUUACUUAGCCUGUGCGUGCCAACGGAUGCCGUUAAAACAUUUCUUUCUGUGCAUAUCUUUCAUUUUUUAGCUUUUAUCAUUUGUAGUUUGUUCUUAUUUCUGUCCAGCUCUUACACUCCCUUUUUAUUUUUCUGCAUUUAGUCAUUUCAUUGCCACCGCAUUCUUGUGGCGGCAGUUAUUACGAGACGGAGUAGGUAUGUGGUAGAUGUGGCUUAGGAGUCACCACCCCUUGUUUGCUUUUGGGGGUAUGAAAAGAAUAUAAAGCAAGCACCAGUGUCUGAAAGACAGUGCACCUUUACUGGCUCGGGCAGAACGAAAUCGAAUGUGCACCAAGAACUCUGCCUUAAUCUAUGCUGAAAGGAAACGAAAAGACGGGCGACUCAAAAUGUGAUUGGAGGGUCAGGUUGAUGUGGGACGGGGAGGCACCUUAUGACCUGUGGUACACACACGACCGCGUUUGGCUUUAAAUCUCUUUGUCAGGGAGCUUUCUAAACGGAAUGACAGCUGUGAAUGUACAAUAAGCAGCCUUUUAGAAAGAGCACCACCCUGUCAUGUUCAGUAAGCUGGUUGGUCGGCGAGAUUGUUAUUGGUUUGUUUGUUUUUUACCAAUACUCGGGCUGUUUUGGGAAACUGAUUGACUGUUUCAACAGGACGUGCAGGCAUGGAUAUCCCUUUGUGCUCGUGGCCUUUAACGUCACUGGUCUAUGUCAUCACAGACAGCUCCCUCGCCCAAUGAGAGCUAAGCCUCAUCUUCCAGACGCAAGGUUUAUGCCAAUACGCACAGCUUCCAUUUGUGUGUAUGCGUGUGUGUAUAUAGAUAUAUAU